CCAACGGCGCCGGUGUGUAUGAGCCGCACAUCUCUUCUCAGCACACACCAAAACCGAUCUGGACAAUCAGUGCAUGUGCUAAUAAAAUAUUGUAAUACUCCCAAAUACUUGAUAUACAACAUUAAUACUUAUAUAGAAAGAAACUUUAAUGUCGGGCAUUAAUAGGCAAAUAAACCAUAUGAUGGAGACGGAAAUCCACGUGCCGAUUGGGUCGCCGACUAUUAGAAAAUUCCCGAUAUUCGUGGAUGAACAUAAUGUGACGAAAGGUGCGAUGAAACUGAUUAAAGAGCUCAGACCGGGUUGGGACCCGAACCUGAUCCAGACUAAGCUUUUCACAGAUGGCACGACUAACAAACUGAUGGGCUUUUAUAUGGAGGACUACCCCGAGGAUGUGGUGCUAGUGAGAGUGUAUGGCAACAAGACGGAGCUGAUUGUGGACCGAGACAACGAACUUAAGAGUUUCCUGGUUCUGCACGCUAACGGUUGUGCGCCCAGACUUUACUGUACCUUCCAGAAUGGCAUCUGCUACGAGUUCAUGCAGGGACACGCUCUCGAUACUCAAGACGUCAGGGACCCUGUGUUACUCAGACUGAUUGCCCGAGAAAUGGCCCGCAUACACUCCAUCCAUGCCCACAACGGCUGCAUCCCCAAACCCAACCUGUGGAUCAAAAUGCGCAAGUACUUCUCGCUAGUGGCCACAGAGUUCACCGACCAGGCCUCCAACCUCAGAAUUCAACAGGAAGUGCCCAGUCAGGAAGUGCUGGAACAGGAAAUUACAUGGAUGAAGGAGCACCUGUCACAGCUGGGCUCUCCUGUGGUGCUCUGCCACAACGACCUGCUCUGCAAAAACAUAAUUCACAAUGAUGAAGAAGGUCAUGUCCGGUUUAUCGAUUAUGAAUACUCAAGUUACAACUACCAAGCAUUUGACAUUGGCAAUCAUUUCAAUGAGUUUGCAGGCAUGAGUGAACCAGACUUUAACCUAUAUCCCAGUCGAGAGAUGCAAUUGGACUGGCUACACACUUACCUGCAGGCCUACAAACUAUUUACUAAGAAAGGUGAGGAGGUGAGCCAGCGUGAACUCGAGACACUCUACGUGCAGGUCAACAAAUUUGCACUGGCCUCACAUUUCUUCUGGGGUUUCUGGGCCCUGAUCCAAGCCAAGUACUCCUCCAUCGAAUUUGACUUCCUCGGGUAUGCCGUGCUACGUUUCAAUCAGUACUUCAAGACCAAACCUGCUGUAAUGGCCUUGGAGAUCCCCUUGGAGAUCCCACAAACAAGACCAGACUGAGGGGAUGUGAUGGGAUCUGCUGGCCUCUCAGUUGAUUGUUUGAACGUAGAAUCAGAGGCCUUUUCUGCCAGGGGAGGGUAUGGGGUACAGCAAGGGCAGGUACUGGGCCCUCUUACAUUUGACUGGCAAUAUGUCUGCCAACUCUCAGUUCUACAAAUUCUUUAUUUGUUUCUCAAACACAAGAAUCAUUUUUUGGGAGUCCAAUUUUAGUUGCUGAAGUUUCCCAUCAAAUUAGUGUGUUUUGAUGUUACACUUUAUUUAUGAAUUGUUUUAGGGCACUUCUUUGUACCAAAGUGGUCCUUGCGUUCUUGGCGCCGGGACUUCUGUGGAACUUCUUGCUAUGGGUUUUGCAGUGUAAGAGCAGUUACAAUCAUUUGCAGAGUGGACUGUCAUGAAUGUGAUGAUUAGCAAGGCAAUAUGUUGAUACUGCAUGCUUUGGUUAGCACAAGAUAGAUACAGAAAUCUGAUUCUGGCCUGCUGUGGCUUCAUAAUGCACAGUCAAACUGAUUUGGCCCACAAAUGCUCAAAAUUAAUAUUUAUUUUAGAGCACUGUUAACAAUAGUAAAUUAGGGUAAUGGCUAAAAAUCUGGUUUGCUAAUGCAAAGGUUUGGUUUAGAGCCAGUUAGGGGUCACUCGGGAACUAGACGGUUACUGAGGUAAAUUCCUCCCCUAUCCUGCACUAUUACGCACUUGAGCAAGCUACUUAAACCACAAUAUGUGUCCCAUAAGUCACUUUGGAUAAAGUUGCUGCUAAAUGACAAGUAACUAAGUAACCAGUGAUGUAAAUCUGGCUUUAAACUAGACAUUCCCAAGAAGUCAGGACCAUGAGAUCCCUUGCUGUCUGCAGGACCAUGUUUCUGCCUCUUUAGCUUUUAUGGUUGUGAGAAGUUCUGUUGAAUUUUCCAUUCAUCACAGGCUGUUGAAUAUUACCACCUGCUUUCACCCCCUCCUUUUCUGAAUGUGUGUUUGCAUUACCUGGCAGGAUUUAAAACUGUGAUUCAGGUCACCAUGCGUGCAAAUCUCAGUACUCAUUUUUCUCUAAAGAAUAGUUCAGCCAAAAAUGAUAAUUGUGCCAUUAUUAAUUCCAAACCCAUAUGACUUUUUCUUUCUUCUGUGGAUUACAAAAGGCGAGUUUUUACCAAGUUUUUUUUUUGCCUUAUAAUGACUGGACUGUGAAUUGUGACCUGUUUUUCAAGCUCGAAAAAAACAUUCAUCUGCGAUGAACAGAACACAAUUUAUGUCAUUAUUCACUCUCAAAUCAAAUAAUUAAUGAAGUGAUAACAUCGAUAACAUUAAACCCUCUCAUUGUGUCUGUUGACCAAACAUGCAACAUGUCAAAUUUUUGUUCUACAGAAGAAAAAAUUGGGUUUGGAGCGACAUGAGGGUGAAUCACAGAAUUUUCAUUUUGGGUGAACUAUUCCUUCAGGCAAAAAACAAAAACAAGUUUAUAGUAUUUAUAAAUAUCGAUUGCGGCCUAGAGUUUAAUAGUCAUCUCAUUUUAAAACAUCUUGAAUUUCAUUUUGUAGCUUCAGUGCGGUCAAUCUAGGAUUUGUCCACUAAUAGAUAGGAGUCAAUUUUACAUUUCCAGGUAUCGUCUUGUUUUUUCCUUUGUUGCAAAUAUUAUGUUAUUGCCAAACACAGAUUUUUCCAUUUCUGUUUGAAUAAAACAUUCCGGUAGAAACUUUUUCUUUCACCAAAGAUGUUCACAAAUGAUUAUUUUCAUCUUAAAAACGGCAGGAAUUACACCAUUUAAAUCACUCCUGCUGUUAAGUUGUACUGUAUUUAGAGGACAUACAUUUGGGUGAAUCUGUCAUUAAUAUGUCUGGGUCAUAUAUAUAUAUAAAAAUAAUAAUAAUAAUAAUCUUUUGCUUAAAGAAAACGAAGCCUUUUUGCACUAUUGCGAUUUAUUAUUUUUUUAUUAUUUUUUAACAGUGUUUAUGUUAACACUGUAACAUAAAUUCAACAAUUCAGCACAUUUUCCCUCAAAUUCUUUGUACUGUAAUGCAAAAACAUCUCAUUCUCUUUGCUGUAAUUCAAAGAAAAUAUUUUAUUGAAUUUUAUUUUAUUGUAAUGUAUUUAUUCAUCAUGGUAGUUUAUGUUGUUCUGAAUUUUGAAUUUAUGUUGAUUUAAAAAAGAAAAAGUGCAAAAAAUAUUGUAUUAUAGUAAUGAGAAUCUAGCAAAUAUCACCAUUUAGAAUAAUUAAAAAAAUAAUAAUAAUAUUGUUCAUAGCGUUUGAAAUAAAUCGUGCUUAAUUGUCAAGAAAAUAAUCUUAAUUGUCCUAAAAUAAACAUAUAUUUUACGUAUUUGCCAUUUUUCUUUAGAUUUUGGGGUGAAAUAUGACCUAGAUAUGUUUUGGUGAGAUUCACCUAUUUAGAGUAUAUGUAUAACUGAAACCACUAUCUGUCUGGCAGCUUCCUGAACCCACAAGUGUCCUUUUAAUGACUAGCCAGUUCAGUCGCUGCUCAAUUAUUACAGCAGUCAUUUAAGAGCAUCUUGAAACUGAAACUAGUCAUUGCGUUUGAGCAGUUUGGGGCACAUUGGUGUCUCUGGCUCUUUGUCAGGUGCAGGUUAAUAAUGAAACGGUUUGAGCUGCAGGCAACGACUGAAAGAAGGAGCCCCCUCCAAAAAAAACAUUAAUAAUUUGUUAGCCAAUAUUUCUCUUAUGUGUUUAAACUGUCUGAUAGCACUGUCCUUUUGUUUUUUUUUACCUUAUCUGACCUUGGAUCCAAAAAUAAUUGAUUUGCAUUUUUUAUACAUAAGGAAAUGUCCUCAAUAAAAGGGGAAAAUAAGAAAUUAUUUUUUGCUUAAGAAUGGAAUAAUAUUGUGACAUUAUUUUCAUGACAAUUAAGCAUAUUGUAUCCCCAA